AUGGUUUCGGCUUCUAUUGCGUCAGCAGCCUCAGCGCAACCAAUGCCGCAACGCAGAAAAGCUCCUCCACCAGCUCCAAGCCACAGUGAAGCUAUUGCAGCUGCAACUGCAGCUACGACUGCUCAUCCUGAGCUUCAACACGGGGUGAGACCACCAGCCAAGCAGAAUUAUGAACCUGCGGCCAAAACUCAAACUAGGAAGACUGCGGCACCAACUCCUCCUGCGAAGAAGGUUGCACCAAAGCCCCCACCAGCCCCACCAGCGCCACCUUCCGCUCCUGUCCAGAAACCAAAGUACCCUACUUAUAAAGUACUUUAUGACUAUGAUGGAUCUGUUAGCGGAUCUGUUCCGUUGGUAAAGGAUGAUAUCAUGUACGUUGUUAAUGUCAAUGGUCAGUGGGGUCUCGUGAAGGAUUUGAAAGAGACAAUUGAGGGCUGGGCACCUUUUAGAUUACAUGAAAGAGGUUGA